AUGAAUCGUACAGAUGAGGUGAGCUGGACUGUGACUAUGCUCAGGGGGGAUGCAGGAAGUCCUCUCGGAGAGGACAAAGAUGAAGGUCAACUCACCCCGACUGCCUUGUUGUCUGUGCUCUUCUCCUUCCAGGAAAAAGGAAACAUUGCUGUAGUAUUUAAUGUGGGAACAGAUGACAUAAACAUCGAGGAGACAUCAAAGUUUGUAAAUGAUGGAAAGUACCAUAUAGUGAAGUUUACAAGGAGUGGGGGUAAUGCCACUCUGCAGGUGGAUGACCUGCCAGUCAUUGAGCGCUACCCCACAGGCAACAUUGAUAACGAACGCCUGGCGCUUGCUAGACAGCGAAUCCCAUACCGACUCGGUCGAGUAGUUGACGAAUGGCUACUCGACAAAGGGCGACAGCUUACAAUCUUCAACAGCCAAACUACUAUACAAAUUGGGGGCUGGGAGCGAGAUCGGAGUCGAUCCUUUCAGGGCCAGCUCUCAGGUCUCUACUACAAUGGCCUAAAGGUGUUCAACAUGGCCGCCGAGGGCGAUCCCAAUAUAAAGAUCCAGGGCAGCGUUCGGCUGGUUGGGGAGUCUCCCUCCUCUAUCACGCCUCAGUCGAGCACCACAGCCAACCGCUCGGAAACAUCCACAUCCAUCAUGGAAAUCACCACCACCACCGCAUCUACCAGGAGAGUUAAACAGACCACACCGCGGGAACCUCAGCAGACAACUGAUGACUUGAUGGUGGCUUCAGCGGAGUGUCCAAGUGAUGAUGAAGACAUUGAUCCGUGUGAGCCGAGCUCAGCCAGUCCCACAGGAUCUGGACCGAAGGGUUACCCGGGCACGUCAGAGGUCUUCCGGGAGUCCAGCAGCACAACGGGGAUGGUGGUUGGCAUUGUAGCAGCAGCUGCCCUGUGUAUACUCAUCCUCCUUUAUGCCAUGUACAAGUACCGAAACAGAGACGAGGGAUCGUAUCACGUGGAUGAGAGUCGCAACUACAUCAGCAACUCAGCACAAUCCAAUGGCACAGUAGUCAAAGAGAAACCCAUCAACAACCCGAAAACCUCCAGCAAGAACAAGAAGAACAAGGACAAAGAGUACUACGUGUGACUGAGGACCCUUUGGUCUUUUCUAGGCCGACAUCUGUCUCAAAGAUGGAUCAGGACAUAAACAUGUGUACAGGAUAAUAACAAAGAUGAACAAUAUUUAGUCAUUUUUUUCUUACAAGCUAAUGCCCUACAAAAUAAACUGAAAAUAAAAAUAUAAAUUUCUUUACUCUAAAGAACCCCAAACAAAAAGGACAUGCUGUCCAGAGAGAGACUCUAAGGGAAAAAGACUGGCUAAUAUCUAAAGUGAACCAAACAAUAAUAACCCAUGUGUGACUUGCCAGAGUAAUGCCACCCAUCCGUCAUGUUUCUGGGAACAGAAGAGUACAGACGCACUUUGCAGACAGAGAUUCAGCAUUACAAACUGUGCAUUUACAUUGCCUGUGUUUGUGUGGUUGACUUUUUUUUUUUCUAGAGAAAAUGGCACACUGCAUCAAUAAAUACAUACCAUAAAUAUGCCAAACAUUGACUCCAGAAGGGAAGGAAGGAGGAAAAGAAAUCGCACGGUGGAAAAUUUCAGGCCAAAGCACUCACCGAAGAGGCAGUGAAGUCCGGCCAAGACUUAUUUGUUUCACUGAGCUGUUGCAGUGUAAAGAUUAGAACAGAUGGUUGUUUCUCAUGAAAUGGUCUGAUUUACAAGGACAGCUCUUUGAGAGAGAGAAAGUGGAGACCUUCAUUUUCCACAUGGUGUGAUCUUAAAGGGACGGCGUUUCUCCUCAGAUUCCUGGGGAUCUGAGAAAAGGUUGUCACCUGGGAGCCAUGCACGCAAAUUAUCUUAUUACAGUACAUAUGUUUAUAAACAGUACAACCACAUCUAUAUGUGCUUUCUGGACUGUGACAAAGUGGUGUUUUAUAGCCUGUUGUAAAGACGAUGCAAAAUAUAACUGCUCCUCAACCAUUUUGGAAUAAAAUCUAUUAAAAAAUAAAAAAGA